AUGGCAGAAAUCAGCCACCAUAACCUGACGUCAAAUCAACACACCACGUGCAAACAUCGACCUGAUAUAGACAUUACUUGCAAACAUCGACCAGACACCAACAUCACCUGCAAACAUCGAUCAGACACCGAUAUCAACUGCAAACAUCGGUCAGAUAAAGACACCAUAUGCAAACAUCAACCUGAUAUAGACACCACCAGCAAACAUCGACCUGAUAUAGAAACCACCAGCAAACAUCGACAAGAUACCGACAUCACCUGCAAAUAUCGACAAGAUACCGACAUCAGUUGGAAACAUCGACAAGAUGUAGACAUCAUCUGCAAACAUCGACCUGAUUUAGACAUCACCAGCAAAUAUCGACCAGAUAUAGACUUCACCAGAAAAUAUCGACAAUAUACCGACAUCACCUGCAAACAUCGACCUGAUAUUGACAUCACCAACAAAUAUCGACAAGAUACCGACAUCACCAGCAAAUAUCGACAAGAUACCGACAUCACCUUCAAACAUCGACCAGAUAUAGACACCACCAGCAAGUAUCGACAAGAUAUAGACAUCACCGGCAAAUAUCGACAAGAUAUAGACACCACCAGCAAACUUCGACAAGAUAUAGACACCACCAGCAAACAUCGACAAGAUAAAGACACCACCAGCAAACAUCGACAAGAUACCGACACCACCAGCAUACAUCGACAAGAUAUAGACACCACCAGCAAAUAUCGACAAGAUAUAGACAUCACCGGCAAUUUUUUUGAUGCAUGA